ACAAAGUUGACGCCUAAAGUCAAAGUCAAUGCGUGUUACCAAUUCCUACAUCUAUAUAACGAACGAAAGCCUCGUUCUUCUUACACAAAAGAAACACCAAAAUCCUUCUAAAAAUGGCUCAACCCUCAUUUCUUCUCUUUUGCAUCUUUCUCUCAUUCUUCUCAAUACUGUCUUCCUACCAAACCAAGGCUACCACAAUCACGCGUUUGGUAUCAAAAUCGCUGUACGACUCAAUGUUCAUCCACAAGGACAAUACUGCUUGUCCAGCAAAUGGUUUCUACACUUACGAAUCUUUUGUGAAGGCAACGGGGCGGUUUCCAAGAUUUGGUAGCGUCGGAUCCAUGGAGACGCGACGACGCGAAGUGGCAGCGUUUUUGGCUCAGAUUUCACACGAAACAACCGGAGGGUGGCCAACGGCACCGGACGGACCGUAUGCUUGGGGGUUGUGUUUUAAAGAAGAAAUAAGUCCACAAAGCAAUUAUUGUGAUUCUUCUAAUACGAAAUGGCCUUGUUUCUCUAACAAGACUUACCAUGGAAGAGGUCCAAUUCAACUCUCGUGGAACUAUAACUACGGACCGGCCGGUCGAGCUUUAGGAUUCGACGGUCUAAGGAAUCCCGAGAUAGUGGCGAAUAAUUCAGUGAUAGCUUUCCAAACAGCGCUUUGGUUUUGGAUGACAGAGCAGAGUCCCAAACCAUCUUGCCAUGACGUUAUGAUCGGUAGAUACAGGCCUACGGAGGCGGAUUUAGCAGCUAACCGGACCGGUGGUUUCGGUUUAACCACGAACAUUAUAAAUGGCGGUUUAGAAUGCGGGAUAGCUGGAGAUGGGCGGGUCAAUGACCGGAUCGGGUUUUAUCAGAGAUAUGCUGGGCUGUUAAAUGUAGGAACUGGGCCUAAUUUGGACUGUGAAAAUCAGAGGCCCUUCGCUUAAAUAACAAUUUGGUUGACCCUAAGAUUUUUUUACUUUGAAUAAGCAAAAAAAGUUGAACAUGUAUGCACAUGCAUUGCUCCCACACAUGGAUGGAUUUGGUUGAAUAAUGUCUAUUUCCUUUUUAUUUUCUAUGGAUCAUCUUUCAAUUUAAUGUGA